AUGGCUCGAACGCCAUAUCAUACUUCUACUUCUGAGCUGAAAGACCUGGGUAACUAUGGCGGUUUAUCUCGUCCUGCGAAAGCGAGGCUUGAGCGAAUAACCCACUAUACCAAUUUCACAAGCUGA